UAUCUCUUUUCUCUUCCUGCUUCUGUUAACCCAAAAAUGGUGGUGGCCUCUCCAAACCUUUCAAAAACUGGAAAACUACGAGAGAUUGAAAUUCCAAUUAUAGACCUUUCCGCCGACAGGUCCGAGGUUUCAAAACUCAUUGUUAAAGCCUGUGAAGAGUUCGGUUUCUUUAAGGUUAUCAACCAUGGUGUCCCUCAUGAUGUGAUUACAAGAAUGGAACAACAAGGUUACGAGUUUUUUGCGAAACCAGCGUCUAGAAAACAGCAAGCUGGACCUGCAAAUCCAUAUGGCUAUGGGAGCAAGAAUAUAGGACUGAAGGGAGAUAUCGGAGAAGUUGAAUAUCUUCUCCUACCGACCAAUCCUCUUUCCAUCGACGACAAUUCGAAAACUAUUUCCAGCACUGAUCCUUAUAAGUUCAGCUGUGCAGUGAGGGGUUAUGUAGAAGCAGUUAACAAGUUGGCAUAUGAAAUAUUGGAGCUGAUGGCAGUAGGGUUAGAGGCCCCUGACCCUUCUGUACUCAGCAGACUAAUCAGGGACGGUGACUCUCUCCUCAGAUUCAAUCACUAUCCAAAGGUUGAUGGUGGUGCCACGUCACCCUCCUGUAUUGGAUUUGGAGAACAUACUGACCCUCAGAUCUUGACCCUUUUGAGAUCCAACGAUGUAGAUGGCCUCCAAAUCUCAUUGGAUGAUGGGGUGUGGGUCCCAGUCAACUCUCACCCAGUUUCAGCCUUUUGUAUUAAUGUUGGUGACGUGUUACAGGUCAUGACAAAUGGAAGGUUUUUGAGUGUACGACAUAGAGCUAUGGUGAACUCCUAUAAUUCAAGAAUGUCAAUGGCGUAUUUUUCUGCUCCACCACUUGAUGCCACAAUAAGUUGCCUGCCAGUACUACUAACACCACAGAAACCUCCUCUUUACAGAAGCUUUACCUGGGCCGAGUACAAGAAAGCUACCUAUUCGCUUCGACUAGGAGAGAGCCGUCUUAAUCUUUUCAAGGCUCGACGGGAUGAUGAUGAAAAUAGUAACUAAUUUCCUGAAUGAUUUUGCAAGGAAUUAAUCAAAAGGUUAGUUUUAUUUUUAUUUUUCUAAUGGUUUUCUGUAGCUUUUGCUAACCAGCAGUUCUUAUAGUUGGAAGUGCAGAUUAGGUUUCGGAUGGUAUGAAAAAGGGCUUUAGGGUUUCUGACUUCACCUAUGUACUGUUCCAAUUGUAGCUCCUAGAAGUUUAAAUUAAAUUAUAAUCCAAGUCG